UUCAGUGCAGAGUUUGAUCUCUGACUGAAAAUUAUUUAUAGUAAAUAAAUAUGGAAUUAUAUGCUGACAUAAAGACUGAUUAAGUUUAUUGUUAAAGUUACAUACGCAAAAUAGGAUUGCAGUAAUGGAUGAUUUAGGUGUGGCCGGUUCAAGCAAAAUUAAACGACACCAACGGAUACCAAUUUACGUAGUCGAAUAUCAUAAUGAAGUCCUGCCGUUUAUAUAUCGAAAUAUGGGCUCCAGGCACUUGCCUAUCGCCGGAUUGACAUUUAUACACCUCGACUCACAUCCGGACAUGUUAAUUCCGAAGGAAAUGCCUGCUGAUACCGUUUUCGACAAAGAUAAGCUUUUCGAGAGUGUCAGUAUCGAAAAUUGGCUAAUGCCCGGUGUUUACGCUGGCCAUUUUAAAAACUUAAUUUGGAUUAAACCGCCGUGGGCGGCCCAGAUGGAGGAUGGUGAACAAGUUUUUCGCGUUGGUAAACACAAACCCAGUGGGACGAUUAGGUUAGACUGUAAGGAGUGCUACUUCAUAUCUGAAUGCUUAUUUGCGUCCGUCAAAGACUUGGACAAUGUUAAAGAAGCCAAUCUAGCCGUGGCAACGUUAGGGAAAGGAGUUGUUGGGGAGCACGAUGUUUUCUCAAACGUCCGCAAACUCGUAGCAAAAUUUGAAACGCCUUUCAUUUUGGACAUUGACUUGGAUUUUUUCAGCACAAGUAAUCCGUUUAAGUACCUCUACUCCCUUGCAUCCCUAUACUCCAAGUUGAAACUUCUGUAUGAUUUCACUCCCCCUGACUUACAGAAUGAGGAGAGCAUAGUUAACGCUUGCAAUCAUAGGGCGAAACGGUUGGCCAAACUGGAACAGCUGUUCAAAUAUAUAAACGAGCAUAAAGAAAUGCCCACAGAGGAAGAUUCCGAAUUGUACCGGCAGGUGGCCAACAUUAGAAAAUCGAUUUUGGAAUUCUAUCAUGAGGGUGAUAUUGACUGGGAGUUGAUACACGACGCGGGCUGUACGUGUGAUAAUACGGAGCUACCCGACCACGUUUCGACUGACGAAGAGCUUGCCAUCAUGUUUGAAAGUUUUCGAAACUUCUUGGACACGCUCGCGACUCCGCCCACGAUUAUUACAGUAUCGAGGUCUACUGAAGAUGAUUAUACACCCAGCGAAAAUGUAGAAGAUAUUCAAGCUAAGGUAUUGGAAAUAUUAGCUGAAAAAUUCGAGUGUGCCGAACCUAUUUUGUCGUACAUUAAUGAUAGUGACGAGGAGGUGAUUCGCUAGAAAAGAGUGGACCGAUCUGAGAAAUACAUCCCGAGCAUAAUAAGAUCUUGUUUUGUUGUGAAUUAACUGUAUAUUAAUUAAUAAUUAUAUUAAAACAUACAAAACUUUGCUAGCACACAA